AUGAAGUAUUUAUUCCUUUGCCUACUCUGUUAUUUCGGCAUCGGAGAUGGAAGGAUCGCUAGUGACUUUGAGCUAUCGAAGGACAUGCACCGGCUCACGUUGUCAAGGCACCAUCAACAACCGAAGGAAAUUACAAUAAGCAUAAUGAUACAUUUUGAUAAAGUGUUAACCAACAGACUAGUCAAGGAGUACAAAUCUAAAACGAGAAAAAGGCUAAAAAUUAUCUCAAACGAUAUAUUGAAUGACGUGCAAAGCUUCUUUCGUCAUCCGAGCUUAAAUCAAAACAUAAGGUUCCGUUUAAAAGACACGAAAUUCCUCAAGAACAGAACGAGAGUAGUGAGUAUGGACGAAAACGGCAGCGUUUACCUUAAGAGUUACUGUGAAUGGCAGAGCCAGAAGAAGAUAGCCCGCGACUGGUAUUACUCUGUACUGCUGACGGGCCUCGAUCUGUUUUACGUCAGCAAGUCCGGAGAAGAAGUUAGGAGAAGUACAGGCCGCGGAUACAUGGGCGGUAUGUGCAGCGUUAUGAAAAGUUGCGCCUUGCUAGAGUGGCAUCCAAAGAACAUAGGAUAUCUGCUUGCUCACGAAAUUGCUCAUAGCCUCGGUAUUAACCAUGACGGUCCACCUCACAACCAGUGCCGUGGGCAGCGGCAUAUCAUGGGUGCUCGAUAUGAUCCAGUCAACCAUCCAAGAGUAUGGUCUUCGUGCAGCAGACAUUCUCUGAACAGAUAUCUAACAAGCAAGAGGGCCUGGUGUAUUCGGCCAGACAUGGAAAACACACCAAAGUUAGGCGUUGCG